CAUGUUAUAAUCCGGGUACUUGAUUUUCGUAAUACAAAUGGAGUAUAAAAGUGUAUAGCCAUAAUGAAGCUGCCUGGACAAUUUGAAUUCUUUAUUGACAAAUAAACACAUUUGUGUUAAGGAGUUAAAUAGUUCUGUAGAAUGUCUGUAUGGCUUUUUAUUUUGCAUCUAUUGAAUCAAGCUUCAUUGCUGCAGACAUUUGAUAUAAAAUGUCCCGACAGUUCACAAUGGCAGUUUAAAGAAAAGGGGUUUUGUAACCGAUCUGUACCUCAUUAUUACUGUCUGCUCGACGACAAUACACAUGCUCUUACUGAAUUUUGUAGAAAUGGAUCCGAAUUUUUACGACCAGGCUACAAGUUAGUAGUAAGUGGUGCUUUGACUGGAAAACUGUGUGGAGGCGAUUUCUUUCAACCAUUUAAAUUUUGGACUAAUUACAGCAGUGAGUGCGCUUUGACAAAGUCAAACUGUGGUGAAGAAGGCCAAAACAAUUUCAAUAACGGAAGUUCAACCUCUGACAGAGCAUGUCGAUGUGAUCACACAAAAGGAUACGCAUUCGUGCGUAAACCAGAUAAUGACUGUUUUUGCCAUCCAUCAUAUGAAGACUGUUCCUGUUAUUUUAGGUCUUGUGAGUCUGAUUACGUAUUAACACCAGAUUACCAGUGUGUUAAAACAUCAAAUUGGACAGGAAAUUAUAAAUGUGCAAAAACUGGCAAAGAAACGACAAGGACAACACUACAGGCAGAAUCGCAGCUAUCCUCUAUGCUAGAUCGUGGCUUUUGGUGCCAACAUCUGGACGCAAAAGACACAUGUAUGUUUGUUUAUAUAAAAUGUAUAGUUUGA